GCGAGCCUGUGUGGGGGACGUCUGGUGGGUGGGCAGCAUGGGCUUUGAGGAGCUGCUGGAUGAAGUGGGUGGCUUUGGAUUCUUCCAGCUGCGGAAUGUGGCACUCCUGGCUCUGCCCCGAGUGCUACUACCUCUGCAUUUUCUCCUGCCCAUCUUCCUGUCUGCGGUGCCUGCCCACCACUGUGCCCUGCCUGGCACCCCUGACAACUUCAGCCACCAGGAUGCAUGGCUGGAGGCUCGCCUGCCCCGGGAGCCUGAUGGCACAUUUAGUUCCUGCCUCCACUUUGCUCACCUCCGGACUCUCCCCAACGCUACUCUGGGGAGAGAGACACAGAGUCCUGGGGAGCUGGAAGGAGAACCCUCCACAGUGCCCUGCUCUCAGGGCUGGGAAUAUGACCGCUCAGAACUCUCCUCCACCAUUGUAACAGAGUGGGAUCUGGUGUGUGAGCGGAGAGGCCUGAACAGAGUUGCAUCCACCUUCUUCUUCCUUGGUGUGCUGGUGGGGGCUGUGGUCUUUGGAUACCUGUCUGACAGGUGGAGUGAGGUGGCUGACCCUGCACAACCCCUUUGCAGGUUUGGGCGGCGCCGUCUACUGCUGGUGGCUUACGUGAGUGUCCUAGUGCUGGGCCUGACAUCUGCAGCCUCAGUCAGCUAUGUCAUGUUUGCCAUCACCCGCACCCUCACUGGCUCAGCCCUGGCUGGUUUCACCAUCAUUGUGUUGCCACUUGAGCUGGAGUGGCUGGAUGUGGAGCACCGCGUAGUGGCCGGCACCCUGAGCUCCACCUUCUGGACAGCAGGCACCAUGCUGCUGGCACUGGCUGGGUACCUGAUAAGGGACUGGCGAUGGCUCCUGAUGGCUGUCACCUUGCCUUGUGUCCCAGGCAUCCUCAGCAUCUGGUGGGUACCUGAAUCUGCACGCUGGCUUCUGACCCAGGGUCGAGUGGAGGAGGCCCAAAGGUACUUGCUGCACUGUGCCAGGCUCAAUGGGCGGCCUGUGGGUGAGGACAGCCUGAGCCAGGAGGCCCUGAACAGAGUGUCCACGGGGGAACAGGUGGUCCCAAGACCAUCCUACCUAGACCUAUUCCGAACGCCACAGAUCCGGCACAUCUCACUGUGCUGCAUGGUGGUGUGGUUUGCAGUAAACUUCUCCUAUUAUGGCCUGAGUCUGGACUCAUCCGGGCUGAGGCUGAACGUGUACCAGACGCAGCUGCUGUUCGGUGCAGUGGAGCUGCCCUCCAAGCUGAUGGUCUGUCUGCUGAUACGCCGUGUCGGACGCCGGCUCACGCAGGCCGGAACACUGCUGGGCGCGGCCCUAACCUUCGGUAUCAGAUCGCUGGUGUCCUCCGAGGCGAGUUCCUGGAGCACGGCCCUGAUGGUGAUGGGGAAAGGUUUCAGUGAAGCCGCCUUCACCACUGUCUAUCUAUUCACUUCAGAGUUGUACCCUACAGUGCUCAGACCAACAGGAAUGGGGCUGACUGCACUGGUGGGUCGGCUAGGGGGCUCUUUGGCGCCAUUGGCGGUCUUGCUGGAUGGAGUAUGGCUGUCAUUGCCCAAGCUUGUUUACGGGGGGAUUGCCCUGCUGGCUGCCUGCACUGCCCUCCUGCUGCCAGAGACAAGGCAAGCACAGCUGCCAGAGACCAUCCAGGAUGUGGAGAGAAAGAGACUUGCUCCAAUACACAGUGGCAUAUGUGUGAUUUUAAGGCACUAUCAAGAACUUUGUUCCUAAAUGAAUUUUGAAAGGAAAAUCACCACGUUCUGGAGAUGCAGGAGUAGUGUGUCCCCCUUCUAGCACCAAUACUAUUCCAGAAUACUAUUGAAAUAGGGGGACCACUGGUAUCCUUGAUAUGAACUCAUUGUUUUUAAUGGUGUUUUGUAUGCAAAGAUUCAGGGCAGAAGCAAGAAGACAGUUGGCUUCUGGAGAGGUAGGCACCAGGAAAUACAAUCAGCAAUUAACAGUUUAACCCACUUAGAAAUCACUAAAUAUUAUCAAUCAGUUAAUAAAAACAGCUACUAUUACCACAAGAUUCUUUGAAUUAAUUUUUAUUAAGCACCCUCAAUGUGCCAGGCAACUGUGCACUGUGAAUACAAUGAUGGAAAACACUAAGCAAAGAUGACUUCCUGUUUUGGAGAGUUUAUAACGCAGUUGGGGGGCAGGCAUAUGUUAAUCAAAGAUAUACAUAAAUGUAAAAUUACAACGAUGUUAAGUUUCAUUGUAAGUUCAAUGCUUAGUUUAUCAAUGAAUACUGCUAUUGUGUACAAAUCUUCAUUAAAAAUUACAUAAACAUUAUUGCAAAAUUGUUCUAAAUAAGAAGAAAUGUGCUCACAAUCCCAAACUAU